GCCAUAAAGUUCUUUCACCCUGAGGACCAGGAGGAACUUCUCCACGUCCAAAAGUCUGAAGAGGUUCAGGUUUGAUAGGACAAUGUUUUCUCCACACCGUGUCCACCUGAUGAAGUCCUGUGUCCUGCUUGUUCUGCUGGUCCAGGUUCCCCAGACUCAGUCCAGACCAUCCAAAAAGGACAAAGUCACAGGUAAGAUCCUGUUCGGAGGUGAUGGUGAUGAUGAAGUGUUUGAGAAGAAUGUUUUUAGGAGUGUUAUGAGAAAACUUACACUCAAACUUUUAUCAGUUAACUAAUUAAUCAAUUAAUUAUUAGUUUAUUUAUUUAUUUGUUUAUUUAAUGAGGUAAAGAGACAUCCUGGUCCUGUCCCCAGAGUGACAGAGCAAAUAAAAGAAAGAGAAUCAAACAUUAACCAACCACAUCAGGUGGGUUAAAUUUCACCUCUGCUUUGACUGAAAGGCAAAUCAAGGCAGCAGUAAGGUUCACAGGUUCAGUCCACAAUCGCGGUUCAGAAGACCUUUAUUGCUGUUAAGUCUGGCUGUUCAAGCAGAUCAGAACUUCGAGGAGCUCCACAGGCACUGGACUGAGGCUGGAGUCCGAGCAUCAGACAAGUCCAGGAAGUGGACUACAAGUGGUCCUGCUGUCCGAAUACUCCUGAACCAGAGACAACAUCCUAUCCUGUGGUCAUUACUAAAGUUGGUAAAAGUAGAGAAGCAAGUGGUCAGCAACAUUCAUCUCUGGAGGGGGUGCCAACUCGGUGUUACGGUGUGUUUGACCCUAAAUUAAUUUUACACCGGGAUAUCCCUUUAAGUCCACAGUUCAUGCAGACUAAAGUCUACCUGGAGGUUUUAGAGACCUUCAUUCUUCAGAUUUCCUUUACUGGCAGGACCUGGACCCUGCCCACAGCACCAACUACCAGGAACUGGUUCGCUGACUGUGGUGUGACUGUUUCUGAUUGGACAAAGAAGGGAGUGUGAAACUUUGGUAAGAACUCAGUAAAUAAAUCUGUUGGUUUAUCUCUGAUUUUUCUGAACUUUGUCCUCCAGGAGUCCGACCCAGCAGACCGUUUCUGCAGGCGGGUCUGCUGGUCGACCAGACCGCGGUUGUUGGUAGUGACGUGACCUUCAGGUGUAAAGUGGAGAAUGGAGCUGAUAUUCACAUGCAGUGGCUGAAACACAUCAAAGUCAACGGCAGCAGCACUGGACCAGACGGACUACCAUACGUCAAGGUCCUCGUGGUUAGUGAGCGCAGACAGACCAGAUCUACUGGGCCUGACAGACCUCCAGACUAAUGAAAAAUUUCCCUUUUUUUCAGUCCUUUCAUGAAGAAGAGGAACACUUGACUCUGAAGAACAUCACUGUGGAUGAUGGAGGAGAGUACACCUGCCUGGUGGGGAACUCGCUGGGAAUCGCCCAUCAAUCAGCCACACUCACCGUCAUCAACUGUACGCCAUAUUACCAAAAAACAGAUCUACUCUCUGUCUAAGUUAUAGUUUUUUUGAAAAGAUAGACCACAGAGCAGGACUCCUACAGUGAAGCUAGAACAUGUAGCCAUCCCCCUGCUGGCCAACUGUGGUUCAGAUAUCUUAUGGUGAGUUUAAAAAAGAAAAACAUCAUUUUAAUCGAUAAAGGAAGGUUUCGGUUUUCAUCCUGCUUGAAAUGAGGUUUGAUGCGUAACCCUUAAUUUCCACCAUAUCUGGAACAGCAGUGAUUUUCGCCAUCCGCUAAUUCCUACUGGAUCCGUUUGUGAGAUGAAUUUCAUGGCGGAUUACGGACAGCAGUAAUCACGAGAACUCAAUUUGUAAGAGCCAUAAUGUCGCUUUGCUCAUCGGUUAUCCUGUAUUCAGUUACUUCUGUCUGGUUGCUAUUGGUUUUGCUGGGCUUGUGUCACGUGAGUGCUGUGUUUGAAAUCUGGUAGUUUAUAUAAGGCUACAUUCACCCUGCAGGUUAUAAUGCACAAUUCGGAUUUUUGUUAAAUCCAAUCUUUUUGUGCGGUCGUUCACAUUACAACAACAAAUGCGGCAUCUAAUGUGAACGGAAUGCGUCCGUGAAGUGACCCACAUGCGCACAGCUGGCUGUUCUCCGUCCCCUCGUCCGCCAUUGCUUUCUGCGCCUGUUUGUGUUGUCGAAUAAUGGUGACGUUUGUCCCGUAUUGAUGACAUAUAAGUCAGAUGAACGCGACCUGAGCGUCCACACUGCAGUCACAUCGGAUACAUAUCCGAUUUAUAUCCACAUACAAAAGAGGCCUGGGUCAGAUUUGAAGAAAAUCAGAAUUGCACUGUUCAUACUAACAUGAAAAAUCAGAUAUGUGUCACAUAUGGUUAAAAAAAUCUGAAUUGACCUGCAGUGUGAGCAUAGCCUAAGGGGCAGUCUUACCUGCAUUGGGGUGGAGAGGUGAGCCUAGGUAGCCAUAAUUUUUGUUGACCACGCUUUAUGUUCUUUUGUUUGCAAUGAUACACGUCGCAAAGUGUACACAUAUGACAUCGAAAGUGCGCGUGGAAUCAUUGGUCCCUGUCAAAGUGUUUUUUCUGUUAUUAAAGCGCUGAAAACUUUGAUAAACUCUGGGUGCUUCUUUGGAACAGCAGCGGCGUGUCACACGAAUAGACAGGACCUAUUCUCUGCCUCAAGCGACUUUUUUUAAAGGUACUAGGAAAGACGCAAUACACAAGAACCCGUGGAUUCACGUGCAAUCGCACAAUAACGAGUCGUCUCUAUAAAGACAGCUACAUAGACAUAUAAGCAGUAGAUUGUGUCCUUCCAGAGGAGGAAACCUACUUGAGAAAUCUACUUCUAGACUUCUAGAAUCAGCAUCUCCUCAUCCAUGGUGUCAUUGGGGUGAAAUGAUGUGUAAAAACCUUUCACUUGUUCGUCUCCGCCUGUUUGCAUGGUGUAAAAUAUCAUCCACCUGAAACACGGAGUGUUUUAUUUUGAAAAGAAGCCAGAUGUUUUAUUUUGUGUCUGUGCCCGACUUCCUUUCCAGCAAUCUGUGCUGAAUUUAUCCGGCAUGCUCCGGCGUCCGAUAAAUAAAACAACUGUGAUCAGCUUAGGAGUCCGGCGAUCCACAGCAGAACGGAAAGUAGCCGGUGGAAAUUGACAUGUUAACUUGAAUGGUUACGAUCAGCUACGAUCUGAAGAUACAACCUUUUCGUAGACAUUCAGGAUGCGGUGGAAAUAGGGGGUUACUCUGAACAUGCUUGUCAUAAAACAGAGUCAUAAAUUUAAAUUAUAAAACAAACAAAAACAAAAAAAAAACCUUACUGUGUCUAAAUUACCAGAGAAGUAUCUUUUUUUCAUUUUAACCAUUUUAAAGGAACCCAGACAGAACUUUUCACCUGAACCUCACAGGAAGGAAACCAAAAGACCAGUUUUCAUAAAUGUUAGUCUGAAAGGGCAUCAAGAAGGAACUUUUUUUAAGUAUUUCACAUCAUGGAAGUGCAUCCAGAGUGUUAUUUUUUUUAAUUUAACUACAGAAAGAUUAGCAAGAGGGAACUUUUGAAAACUUUCUAUCCAGUAGAAAGGCAGUCAGACAGCAAUUUUUGAGGGGUCAGAUUCAUAACUCACUUUGUCGCUUGUUUAUCUCCAGCGUUAUCUGAACUUUUUCUUCAGUAGUCCGACCCAGCACACCGAUCCUGCAGGCGGAUCUGCCGGCCGACCAGACAGUAGAUGUUGGCAGUGACGUGACCUUUGAGUGUAAAAUGAUGGAUGGAACAACAGCAACACAUGUGCAGUGGCUGAAACGCACCAGAAUCAACGGUUGUGGACAGAAACCAGACAUCACGGUCCUGAAGGUGUGUGAAUACGCUUCCUGAACCAUUUAGGAUUUCACAGGAGUCGAGAUCAACGCCACUUAUACUCACCUUGAUUUUCUCUGUGUUUUUGUUCUUCAGACUUCAGUGGUAGUGGGAGGCACGGCGGUGUUGACCCUGAAGAAAGUCACUCAGGAUGAUGAAGGAGAGUACAGCUGUGUGGCCGGAAACUCUGAGGGAGUCUCGUAUCGAUUAGCGUGGCUCACUGUGAACGGACCUGAAACAGAAUAAGACAGAAGCAGAGUCUGGAAUCAUCAGUAGACCAGGUUCAGCUCCACUAUGGAGGGUUUUGGUUUAGUUUUGUCCCAACAGGAGGAGAUGGAGAAGCACGAUCAUUUUCAUCAACAGUUUUCAGACGUUAUAUGACCAAGAAGAGCUUCAAACUCCCUGCAGUAACAGAGACUGUGAGUCCGAUAAAUUUAUGAAACCUACAAAAGAAAACUUCAGCGUCUCAUUGUGAUUCAUAAAGAAAAGUGCAUUUUGGUGGGAUAAUAAAAGAGCAAACAAACAAAGAGAGACUUUUUCUGAUUGACAGAUUAAUAACAAUAAUUUUAUUUAUAUAGAAAACAGAAGUUUACAAAGAGCUUUGACAGAGUAAAAAACAAUCAUGGCAGCAGAGGAGAAAUUAAGAGGAGGGAGCAAAAAAGAUUCUCAGAAGUGGUACCCUUACGGAAAUUCACUAUGGUUUACUAUGGUUUUUAUGCAUUUAACCAUGGCUUUACCAUGGUACCUCAUGGUGAUUACAAAAACUAUGGUCUUACCCAUAGUACUACCAUGGUUUAUCCAUAGUAUUUCAUGGUAGCUGUGGUAUUAUCAUAGUUUAUAUUCCAUUACGGAAAUUCACUAUGGUUGACUAUGGUUUUUAUGCAUUUAACCAGGUUUAGCUGUGGUAUUAUCAUAGUUAAUAUGUAGCACUUCAAGGUAACUGUGGGACUACUACGGAUUUAAAAAGGAUGUGCUACCACAGUAUGUUACUACCAUGUUUUCAUCCAACACAGUAAAUGCUAUCCUGUUUUUUCUAUUUAACAUACUGUGAUCAUGGUUUACUAUGAUGCAAACAUAAGGCUUGGUAAUACAUCUAUCUACAAACUUUCAGCAUGUCUUAUACAUUUUCUCCUUGACAUUUUGCAUAGGUCUAUCACUUCAUAUCAUGGAAUAUAAUAUUAAGUCAUGACAAAAUAUAUCAAUCCCACCUCAAGUUUAUAUUUUAAUGUCUGUCAUUGUAUACAAACACAUAUAAAUCAUAUUAUUAAAUGCCAUGACAUACCUUUAAUAAAAAGUACUUCGGUUUAAAGCACAUUCCUGCAGAAAAGAUAUUUGUAAAUGUAAUUAUAAAUAUUUUAAUGUAAUAAAAGUCAUUAUAUUACACAGUAUUACAAUCAGUUUAAAAAAAAAAAUUAAGCAAAACCUUUCAAUGAACUGAUGUGUAAAUAUUUCAAUAUGAUGAAAGUAAUGAAAAUAAACUGUAUUACAAUCACUUAUUGAAUAAUGUACUUUCAAAUGGAAUACAAACUGGCUGUAGAAUUUCUCAUUACAAAAUUAUUUCAACUCUUCCUUUAUGUACAUCAAAUGAUUUAACCCUCUGGAGUCAGGGGUAUAGUUGGCCGUUUUUGACUACUUUUGAUUUUACCUUUAUAUUUCCUCUUAAAAACCGUUGAUGUUAACACACAAAACAUAAAAUCCGAGUGGAAAAAAGUAACAUUUUUUACUGUGAAAACCACAAAUAUGUGUGACGAACCGUUUUCAAAACUUAAACUGCAAAUAAAAAUUGUAAACUUCAAAACAUAUGCAAAUUUUUAACAAAUAACAUAGUAAUUUACCUCUAUUUACAUCAAAAUGCAGGCAAUGCCUCAGGUGUUUUUUGUACAACUAUUUACAAAACAGUGUAUAGUCUCACAAAUGUCACAUUUUAUUUAUGCCACUACAAAAAAAAUAUGAUGUAAAUGAUGCAUGAUGUAAAACAUGAUGUAAAAAACUUGUGUAGAUCCUCUUCUGUCAGUCCAUUUGUAAUUUUUCCAUAAUUCUUUGUUCUUUGCAGCAUUUUUGUUAGUGUUACUGCAGAUUGUUCUGACUGUGUCUAUGGCAAAACAAUAAAAUUAAACUGAAAAAAAAAAAAAAAAGAAAA